AUGGCGGAGAUGUCUGUGACAAGGGCACUUACGAGGAUGGUCUGCCCUUCAACAUUUGCGCCAGUUAAUGGUUUUGUGAACAGUUCGUUAUAUGUUGGGGAUUUGGAUGGUAACGUUACCGAAGGCCAAUUGUUUGAUCUCUUCAGUACAGUGGGGCGAGUUGCUUCAGUUAGGGUUUGUUGUGAUCGAGAGAAAGGGGUUUCACUUGGCUAUGGCUAUGUGAAUUACAAUAACGCACAAGAUGCUAAAAAAGCUCAAGAGCUUUUGAACUUCACAAGGAUUAAUGGAAAACAAAUCAGGAUCAUGUUUUCGAAUCGCGAUCCCAGCACGCGAAAAAGCGGGAUCGGCAACGUUUUCGUGAAGAAUUUGGAUUCAUCGAUCGAUAACAAGUUUCUAUACGACACCUUUGCUGUUUUCGGUACCGUGCUUACUUGUAAAGUUGCUGUUAAUAGCAAUGGUGAAUCAAAAGGGUAUGGAUUCGUACAGUUUGAUCGCGAAGAAGUUGCACAAACUGCAAUAAGGACGUUAAAUAGAAAGUUGAUGAACGAUAAGCGAGUUUAUGUUGGCCCGUUUAUUCGCCAAGAAGAAAGAAGGAAUAUUGCGAAUGUGUAUGAGAUUAUUAGAGAGGCUAAUUUGUACAUGAAAAAUCUUGAUGAAAGCAUAACCGAUGAUAUGUUGGAGGAGUUGUUUUCCGAGUUCGGAACCAUAAAAUCUUGCAAGGUCAUGCUUGAUCCAAAAGGAGUGAGCAAGGGUUUUGGAUUUGUUGCUUUUUCGAAACCGGACGAGGCUAAGAGGGCUAUGGAUGAGAUGAAAGGAAAGAUGGUCGGGCGCAAACCCUUGUAUGUCACGAUCGCUCAGCCUAAAGCCGAAAGAAUGGCUCUACUACGGGCACAUUUUGGUCCAAGUUGGGUUCAUCCUGGUGCACCUAACCUAGCCCCCCAACCACUAUAUUUGGGUCAAGGUGGUCCACGGUUGCUACCUCGUCCUGGUUAUGGGAUAAUGACUGGUGUUCACUCUUCAAAUUUCUUGAUGAUCCCUUAUGUGCCUCUAAGGCGAGGUCGAUCGGAGAAUCACUCGGCUCCAAUAAGCCCACCGAGCCCACAUGCUAUGUCUCGACAGCCGAUGCCCGAUGGCCCGAGCCAACUUUUCCGGCAUGUGUUUAGUGGGCGAUUUGUUGCGGACAAUCGUAUGGUUGAAGCUCUCAUGGAUAACGACGUGUUUCAAGUGCCUUUUGAUAUUGCAUCGUCGUCGUCCCAAGUUAAUCUCCAGCUUUCCGGACCAAUUGAUCACCGCGGAAAAUUUGCUUCGGUGUUGGCUUUCGCUACUCCGCAAAACCAACGAUGGAUCCUCAGCGAACACCUAUUCCCGUUGGUGGAACAAAUUGAGCGCGAGAAUGCAGCUAAGGUAACUGAGAUGUUGCUCGAUUCGAUGGAUCUAACCGAAGUUAUUCAUCUAAUCGAGUCUCCGGAAGCUCUUAAGACGAAGGUUGCAGAGGCCAUGGAGACGAUUAUUUCUCGUGUCGAGUUUUAG